AUGCCUGACAAGAAGAGAAACAAUUCCGGUGUCAUUCUUCUCUUCGGCGUGGGACAUGUUCAGUAUAAGCAGGGAGAAGGAAACAUUGGAGAGUGCGAAAACCGUAAGUGCUCUUUCCAGCAAGUGCGACCCAUUUGCAUCAGCGCCGGCAGAAGCUCGCUGAAACAGCCGCUGAGAAGCCCUCUCAAUCAGCGAUUAAUGCUCGGAACCCUGUGCUUUGCUGAGUCUUCUUCCCCUUCUUUUCUUUUCGGUCUUGGGUACGAAAAAAUCCCGCAGAUCCACGCAGAAGGAAAAGUAGCGAGUCUUAUCGGCGUGGAAGGAGGACAUUCUCUGGGGAACAGCCUUGGGGUCCUGCGGAUGCUGCACGACCUGGGGGCGACGUAUUUGUCGCUGACGCACAGUUGCGACACUCCCUGGUGAGCCUG